AUGUGCUGCCUCCUCACACGGCCCCUGCUGCCUGAGAGGCGAGGGUCGUCUCUCUUCCCGCUUUACAGGACCCUGGCCACGUUUGAGAUCCUUUCCUCAACAGUGGCUGUGACCAGCUGCCCGCCUACACUUCAGGUGCGCUGUGUGGCCCACGAGUCCUCGCUUGGGUCUAUUCGGUCCUUCAGGCGGGACCUGCUGUUUGGGGGCAGGACGGCUGCACUUGGAAGCCACCAGGGAGGGAGAGAAAACGGCCUGUUCCUGCUGCACCAGAAGGGGAAACAAAUCCAGUUUAAACGCCUUGAGACUUUUGUUCGAGAUUCAUGGCGCAAACAGCGAGAUGACAUCCGGCUGAGGCGCAUGGAGCAGAGACCUGGACAGACGGCUGUACCUCAGGAGCACAAACUAGCCUUUGUUGUGCGGAUUGUAGAUAUUAAGGGAGUGAGUAGGAGGGUAAAAAGAGUGAUUGAGUUGCUGCGGCUGAGAAAAAAUUUCACUGGAACAUUUGUUAAACUGACUCCUUUAUCGCUGAAGAUGCUGCGGAUUGUGGAACCUUACGUGGCGUGGGGACACCCUAACCUGAAAUCUGUACGAGAGCUCAUCCUGAAACGGGGCCAAGCCAAGAUCAAGAAAAAGAGGGUGCCUCUGACAGACAAUAUGCUGAUAGAGGAACAUUUAGGGGUCUAUGGUAUUAUUUGCCUGGAAGACCUUAUUCAUGAAAUCUACUCAGCUGGGAAGCAUUUCAAAAAAGUCACAAACUUCCUAUGGCCAUUCCAUCUGUCAGUGGCUCGCCAUGCUUCACGUAACAAAGUGGGUUUCCUCAAGGAAAUGGGUAAGCCUGGCUGCAGAGGUGAAGCAAUCAACCAGCUUAUACGUCAGCUGAACUAGUCAGGGUCUUUGUGAAAACUUCAGGAUUUAUAACCUCUUCCUUUUCGCAUGUAGUUUUCAUGGACAUUAUCUCUAUGCAAUGAUACGCUAUAUCUCUCGACUGUUGGUGCCUCUAUAAAAAAGGAAAAAAUACACAGAUGAUGAAGAUGGACUUCGGGCUGGUCCUUCUUAAAGAAGAAGAUAAAUUGUAUUUGGUAUAAGGAAGUGACUUGAACUUCCCGGAGCAAUCUCACUUCUACGUCUCUCUUAAAACAAGGGGUUUUUUUAUAUUCGUUACUGCUGGCUCUGUACCAGUCACCUGAUCUCAUCUUGGGUAUAAAGCAGUGGUUGGCAGUUCCUGAUUUAAAUUUC